AAACAUCGCAAUUUUUGGCACGUCACAGCCGCGUCAUCAUGUCUCCGUGUCUGCUUUUAUCGCUAGAGAAUUAAUUAUUCGGCUUUAUCGCGUCUUAUCGAUACAUUUUUAUGUCGGCUGUAAAGUUAAUACUGAGAAAAAGUUUUUUCUAAAAUGGAGCUGCUAAGUCAAGUGUCCCAGACACAAAUUUUAUUUCCCGCUGCUGCCGUAGCCGUUGUUUUAGUAUGUGCAGCUCUCGUAUUUAUGUUCGGAUUCCACACGGCGGAGCAACCACAGUUCGACAAACUCUCGCUGGUCCUAGACGAUAGAAAAUCUUCAAAUAAGAAGAGGAAAGGAAUCAAGGAAAAAGUUGGUACCGAAAAAUCCUCGCCGAACCGGGUAACGAGCGACGACAGUAAGUCAAAAAAUGAAGCAAAAAAAUCCCCAGCCAAGGAGAAGAAAGAGGAAAAGGUGAAGGAAGCGGAGAAGCCGAAACCUAAAGAGAAGGUGGAACCCAAGGCGGCCAAGAAGCCCGAAGUGCAGGCCGAGAAGAAAGGAAAGAAGAAGGCUGGUACUGAACUCGACAAACCUGCGGACUUCGAUGACGGUGUUUGGGAGGAGGUUCCCAAGAAGAGUGAUAAGAAGAAGGUGAAGGGCCCCGAGGAAAAGAAGGACAGCCCCACCAAGACUAACAAGAAGAAGAACAAGAACGUGGAAGCCGAAGUCAAACCUGCUCCUCAGGAAGCCGAGGUGGAGACCAUCAAGGUUGUGAGUGCAGUAGGACCUGACGUUGAUGAAGAUGCAACUCGUGCUCUUCAAGCCCAAGUUGAGGAGCUACAGAGAGUUCUCAAGGAGGCGGAGCGCCGCGACAAGGUGCUGGCUGGUCUAGUUGAUGAGGAGGAAGAAGAGGCAGCUGCCGCUGAACUGACUGAUGUGAAAGAUCUCAGGAGCAACAAGAAGAAGGAAAAUAAGGAAAAGCAGAAGAAGAAAGAGGUGCCCGCUCCAGCUAAACAAGAGGAUAAAGAAGCUAAUGCCUCAACUGAAGCCCAAGAGCAGGCUGGGCCAGUUUUUGAUGAGCUCGGAGAUACAUGGGCGGAUGCCAAAGUAUCUAAAAAGAGCAAGAAGAAAGCUCGUAAAGAUCAGUGAGGAUUUGAGGACAGGGUCCAGCCGAGCACUCGCCUGGCUGCUAGCUCAAUGUACUCGCACCAUGCAACUGUACCGAAACUAUCAUCUUGUAGCGUUUGACACACUUUUUGCUCAUUUAAGUAAUGAACAAAUAAUCUAUUGUGGUGUAGAUUUUAUAAGGCCCUGCUUAGUGAAAGCGACAGUGACUAUGUGCCAAUUUAAAUUAUGUAUCAAAGUUGCUUUAGGAAUUUCUCAAAGGUAUUUUGUCAGCAAAGUUUUUGUAGGUCUUUUAUGGAUGUGUUUACUGUUGUUUAUUAUGUGAAUAAAAUAUACACUGUCUCUUUUGUUAACACGGCCCAGGUACAGUUUAAUAUGGUGUGAUAUUGUUUAUAUUAAGUUUUUAAUAUUAUAACUAUUCUUACACAUUCACUUACUUACGUCCAAGUUUUCAUUGCAUAUUUUACGUUAUGACAUUGUUUUUUUCGUUUUAAUUUAAUUGUUUUCAUUGAAGCAUAAUAUUAUUUGUUUUAUGUGUUGAAAGAGUCAUUAUAUUUUUAUAUUUCGGAAUCUGCAAUAUUAUUGCCGGUAUUGUCGAUUCUCAAGUUUCAUAUUUGAAUACUCAAUUUGUUUAUUUAAUUGUAGUUCUCUUAUUUAUUUAUACCGUUAAGUUAAAAUCCUCUGGUGCUUGUAGUUUUAAGAGUACCACUGUCCUUUAAAAUAUAUUGAACAAUACAACAGAAAUUAAUGAACUGGAAUGAAAAUAAGUUACAUAAUUUUCCGUCCGUACAAUUUGCAAGCUUCUGUAACAUAGCUGUAUUCUAACCUAAAAGUUACAAUAAUGUGACUACAUCUAUUGCAAAACUCCAACAUUUUAUUGCAGAUUCCUCGCUAGAUUUAAGACAUAUUAUGUAAAAAAUAGUAUCAUCGAAAUAUAUUUUUACAAAAUUGAUAUAGAUUCAGACAUUUUUCAUCUGGUAGCUCAUUUGGUAAUCGACAAGUAGAUUAAGUUUUUGGGUUUUCAAUAUAUGGGAUUGUUUAAAAUAUCCAGUAGUAACUUUAGAUCAAAACUAUGUUUUUGGAAAAGAGUUGCCAAUAUUUAUAGACCUGCCUCAGAUAUAAAUAAAAAUCAAUUCGACAAAAGUACUUACUACAAACUCUACAAAGUUGGCAAUUUUAUUUCAAAGCCUGAUCAAAUCUUUUCCUUGGAGUGAGUUCCUUACAUCUUGAAAUUGAUAUUCCGGUGCGUAUGACGUGUAAUAUAAUGUUGUUCUUGUUAUUAGCUUACCGUAAGGACCCAUAGGCUGAUUUAUCCAAUAUUUCCAUAAGAUAGUUGUAUGUGAUACAUUUGUGUGGGUCGAUGCAACGACUCCCCCGGGUAUGUUAGUAGUAAGUUGGUCAGACUUGUACACAUUGAGGUAUUAUGUGUAUAGAGCAGAUAAUGGAGUACCAACCCCGUAUAAGGGGCCUUAAUCACAGAUAUGUGCUUGGUUAAGGUUUGAUUUUCGACCGUUUCAGUAUCAAAAUCUAGCUCUCUCAUAUGGAAUGAAAGAAGGGGGAAUAGUAACUACUGCUCUAUACAAAUACGUUAAUGGUGGUUUUAUACAGGUUAGUGUUUCUUGCAUAGAUAAACAUUCGGUUAUUUUAUCUCGGAGUUUCUAUAUUAAAGGAUCACACAUGUGAUCUUUUAAUGUGGUUGUCAUAAAGUUUCUGUUACAGGUAAAAUAACUUUGAAUGAACAGCCCUACAAUGAUCGUUGGCGUGUGGUCAAUACCGAAACUAAUUCCGCCUUCUUGGAAAUUGUCACUCUACAGAGUAUAGACAGUUGUUACGUCAUCCAGGAUCGUUGUAGUUCUGUAGUAGGAUGGAAAUAAUUUUAAAGUUUGUUUUUAUGAAAGUAGGUUACCUACGUUAUUCAGUUUUAAGAAUCUACGAUUAGGGCCUAAUGGUAUGGAUGUUUCUGGACUGAAUAAUUCAAAUACAGAUUAUAAAUUUUACUAGAGAUAUUUUUGCCUAUAGAGCAGUUCUAUUUUCAAACUAAUAUUCAGUGGCGUUCAGAGAUAAUAUCAGGAAAAUAUU